AGCACUUAGCUUUUAGCCGUUAGCCAUUAGCUGUGAGGCGAGCUGCGCGUGAUAACCGCUGGCUCGCUAUGCCGUCCCGACCAGACGCUUUGCUUUGCCAAACUUGCUUUCAGCUUUGUGUCUCGUUCGCUCAUCUCAUGUCAUGAUGAUGAUGAUGAUGCACGCGGAGCUGAAGACUCGUUUAGCAGUAGCUUCUCAGUACACACACACAGUAGCUGGCGUCGAGGGAUGCUUUUCUGUAGCGGCUUUGCAUGAUGAUGAUGGAAAGCAAGAAAAGGCUACAGAAGGAACUGUUAGCUCUGCAGAAUGAUCCACCCCCUGGAAUGACACUGAAUGAGAAGAGUGUACAGAAUACGAUUACACAGUGGAUUGUAGAUAUGGAGGGAGCCCCUGGUACACUCUAUGAAGGAGAGAAAUUUCAGCUGCUUUUCAAAUUCAGUAGUCGAUAUCCUUUCGAUUCACCUCAGGUAAUGUUCACCGGUGAGAAUAUACCUGUCCAUCCCCAUGUCUAUAGCAACGGUCACAUCUGUUUGUCCAUUUUAACAGAAGACUGGUCACCUGCACUUUCAGUGCAGUCAGUCUGUCUUAGCAUUAUCAGCAUGCUGUCCAGUUGCAAAGAAAAGAGACGGCCUCCUGAUAACUCCUUUUAUGUAAGAACGUGCAAUAAAAAUCCAAAGAAAACAAAGUGGUGGUAUCACGAUGAUACUUGCUAAUGUUCAGCUUUGUUAUGCUCCUUGAAGAAAGAAGUCCUACUGAGUACAUAAGCACUUUUUAAAUCAUUCAGUCUUUGAACUUUAACCUUUGACUGGAACAACGAAUCCCCUGCGCUGAAGACUUCCACGACUGCAUUUUGAAGCGGGUGGUUGGAUGCAUGUUUUGGCUGGCUCUAAAAAUACGAAGAAUGUAAUGCACCCAACCUGGAUUGUUUUGGAGUUGGCGAGGGAGAUUUUGUUGAAAAUUUAUUCCUUGGUCUUUUUUUUUUUUUUUUUUCCCCUCUCUGUAACAAAUGUAUGGUCCUCAUGUAUUGUGCAAUAACUACGACUGAUGCAUGCUAGGGCCUACAAGGAAAGAUAAACUCCAAAUUGAACGGUUUGGCUGUAAGGGAUACAAGGCUUGUAACCCCGUCUUUUUAAUCCAAUAUCUGCACUGUGACAGUAACAGCAGAGGUACAACUUUCUUUUACAUUUUAACACUGAAUAAUACUGCAAACAUAGCCCACCUUGUAUUUCGGUGACUUGGUCUUUUCCAGUUGCAGACCGAAGAAUUCUUGUAUAUUUAGAGUAGCUUAUUUUCAAACCCUGAAAAAUGGAAAUUCGUAGAUUGGUUAAACUUCUGGUUAAAGGUUUUAAGCAGAGCAUUACUUGUUUCCUUUUUCUGUUGUAAAGUCCAGGCAUCAGUCUAAGUCAUGUAACCCGUUCACCAGCCAGCUCUCUCAGAUAUCUAACGUUUGAAAAUACUUGCAAAACUACUUAGAAUGUGUUAUGCUGCAACUUAUUUUAUAUGUGUUUUGUUAUGAUUCGUGCUUUAAUCUUGUAAAAUGUCUAAUAUUGGAAGUUCUCUCUUUUUUUUCCCCCCCUCCCUUUGGUAAACAUCACUUUGCCAGAAGUAGUGUCAGGAAAAUGGUUUUGAGAUGAGUUUUUGGGAAGAAAAUGCUGCUUUGGUUUUCAAAAUCUGAAGAUUAAUUCAGUUUCUGUACACGGUAGUGAUAUCUGUGAGUGGUUCCGACAUUAAGACUAGACUAAGUGAUUGCUCCUUGUCAUUCAUCUGGCUCAGGUACUUUUUGAAUAAAUCACCUAUGAAAAAUUCCUUGCAAAUAUUUUGCAUUCAACUAAAAUAUUUUCACCAAAAAGACUGUUACAAUGCUCAGUAUGGCAUGUGUAAGGAAAUAGUUGUGUAUUACUUUUCAGAUGUUAAUAAUUAAAUUACUUAAGAAAUGAGUGCAAAAGGUGCAAAGGUUGUCCUCCGUUAAUAUAUUUUCUUUUUGAAAUUUAAUAUAUUGCUUCUUUUAAGCCUGUAACUUUCCUGUCCCCCCCCCCCUUCUUUUCUGGCUCUUGGUUUGGAGGGUCCUCAGAAGUUGUGACACUGAUCUCUUAGGGGAUUUACCUUUCCUGUUCUUUGCCUUGCUUAUUUUUUUCCUCAUUUUGGUCUGUACAGUUAUUUUGUAUCGCUAACAUUAACCGUAGCGGUGAGGGUUGGGGGUGCUUCGUGUAGGAAUGUAUGAGGUGUGGCUCCACUGUGUCAGGAUUAGUGGCAGCAGCGUUUGGCGCUGGAUGACCAAGGGGUUCCAGCACUUGCCUGUGGCUCGAGGUGACGGUCCUCCAGACAUCAUCUCUGAAAAGAAAUGCAUUUCCCAUAGGUGACAGGCUCGUGGCCAUCAAUUCAAAAUACUUGAAAUUUCCUCCCAGAUUUUUUUUUUUUUUUUCUUCCCCCUCCCCCCCCUUAAUUCUCUGUGAUAGUUUAACCUUAUGGAAGUUUUAAGUUGUCAUUGUGGACUUUGAAAAGACAAAAUGUUCUCUCUUUCUGCUGAACCGGUACCUGUAAAUCCCAUCACUGUCAAAGUUUUUCAGGUAAAAGUCGACUUUGACCAAAAUUCUUCUUGGUGGUGAUAGAAAUUUCAGCCCCGCUAAUACAAGCGAGAAAACAAGGCGUUAGUUUUGUUCAUCGACGGGCUCCUGUGUUUCCCGUUUCCAGGAAGAGGCUCAUUCAGUACACACUUGAACAGACCACCUGUUAUAGAGAAGAAUCUCUCUGAAGGCAUUUGUUUCUACUGUCUCCUGUGAGGCUUCACUUCCCCAGAAACCCCUUUAUUUCCUUUUUUUUUUUUUUUUAAAAAAAAAAAAAAAAAACUUUGAUAGAAUUCUUGGGUUGUGGAUUGUUGAACAAAAUCAAAAUUUAGGGAAAGUGUUUUAUUAUUUUGACAAUUAGUUGUAGUGAUGUACAAGGUACAUGUAAACUGUGCCUGUUAAUUUAAUAAUAAAAGCUGGAG